AUGUUUUUGUUGCAGACAUCUGAGCUUGAGUCGCUGCUGUGCAAGCAGGAGGGCGCCGGACUGGCGCCCGCGCACAUGGACCUCUUCGACGGUGGCCCCUCCUCCCGCGACGAUGCCUUCCUGCGCCCCGCCCUCUGGGAGGACAUCGCCUCCUCCAUCAGGAACAUCGACCCCGAGAACGCCAACAUGCUUGCGCCGCUCGGAGCCACGCACGUCAAACUCGAGGCUGAUGACCCGUUGCUGGAAGAAUGCGCGACCCCGUUGCUCAGUCCUCUGGAAAUUAAGACGGAGAGGCUGUGCAUACCGCCUACGUACGCACAGCCGCCGCCGCCGCAGCAUCAGCCGCAGCUGCCGGCACCUUCUUUCGCCAAGUACCCCCCCUCACGCCUGGGAUACAUGUCCCCGCUGACUCCCCCAGGCUCCGACCAGGGUAGUCCAGGAAACUCGAUGCAGGGCGGGCCGCGCCGGACGCCGCCGCCGCCGUAUCACCCGCCGCCGCCGCCGCUGCAUCGCGCGCCGCAUCCGCAAAACCAUCCACACCAUCCGCACCAUCACCCGCAGGUGAUGUCGCAACAACUUCACAUGCCGCAUCAGCCGCAGCCGCAACCGCAACCGCAGCCGCUGCCGCCGCCGCACACGAACAUGCCGCACUCGCGGCUCGCGCCCCCGCCACUCGUCAAAUACAACCGGCGGAACAACCCCGAGCUAGAGAAGCGGAGGGUUCAUCACUGUGACUUCAUCGGUUGUACGAAAGUUUACACGAAGAGUUCACACCUAAAAGCUCACCAGAGAAUACAUACAGGAGAGAAACCUUACACCUGCCAAUGGCCGGAAUGCGAAUGGCGGUUCGCAAGAUCGGACGAGUUGACACGCCAUUAUCGCAAACACACCGGCGCCAAGCCGUUCAAAUGUGCAGUGUGCGAGCGGUCGUUCGCGCGCUCCGACCACCUCGCGCUGCAUAUGAAGCGCCACCUGCCCAAGACGUCUAAAUGA